AUGGAUUGUAUAGGGAAAUCUUCUGAAUUAGGGUCUGGUGUUGUUUGUAAUAGUGAAUCUGAAUCAGUAGAAAAUGUAGUUUUUGGUGGAGAUGUUAGGUGUUGUAUACAAGCUUCUCCUCCAAGGGGAAAUGGGUCAAGGAAUACUAGUCCGAUGGGCCGAGUCGGGUCGAGGAACACGAGUCCGUCUAGGCAGAUUGUUAAGACUAAACCAAGGGGUUUAGAUGAAGAAACACAUGCUACAUUUGGUAAAGUAGUACACGCCGAUGUUCAAAUGGAGGAUAACAUAUGGGCUAUGUUGCCUGAGGAUUUGUUGCAUGAGAUCCUAGCUAGGAUUCCUCCGUUUCUGAUUUUUCGGCUUCGUUUGGUUUGUAAGAGAUGGAAUUCGCUGCUUCAGGAUAGUAGUUUCUUUAAAUUUCAUUCUAGUGUUCCGUCGGAUGGACCUUGUGUUCUUAGUUUCUGUAAGAGCUCGUUGAUCCCGCAAUGUUCUGUUUAUAGUUUACCGCUUAAAGCUUGGUAUAGAAUGUCUUUCACGUUUUUGCCGCAUUGGGCUAUCUGGUUAGUUGGCUCUUCUGGUGGUCUUGUUUGCUUUUCCGGGUGUGAAGGAUCGGUGUUUUAUAUAUUGGUUUGUAAUCCCCUCACUCAAACGUGGAGGAUAUUGCCGAGUAUGCAUUUUAAUCAACAAAGGCAAUUGAUAAUGGUUGUUGAUCGAUCGGAUCGGUCAUUUAAAGUGAUAGCAACGAAUGAUAUAUGUAGUGACAAGUCAUUGCCGACUGAGAUUUAUCACUCAAAGGAAGACCGGUGGUCGGUUCAUCAGACUAUGCCGGCUUCUAAUCUUUGUUCUUCAAAGAUGGCAUAUUGUGAUUCUAGGUUAUACUUGGAAACCCUUUCGCCGCUUGGUUUGAUGAUGUAUAGACUAGAUAUAAAUAGUUGGGAACAUAUUCCCGCUAGGUUCCCGCGAUCGUUACUCGACGGUUAUUUGGUUGCCGGUACCCAGAAACGGCUUUUUCUUGUUGGAAGGAUCGGUCUUUACAGCACUCUACAGAGUAUAAAAAUUUGGGAAUUGGAUCAUGCCAAGAUUUUGUGGGUGGAGAUUAGUAGGAUGCCGCCAAAGAAUUUUCGUUCGUUAUUGAGAUUAUCGGCUGAGAGAUUCGAAUGCUUUGGACUUGACAACUUAAUCUGCUUCACGUCUUAUAACCAAGGGAAGGGCCUUCUAUUUGACGUCGAUAAAAAGAUCUGGUCUUGGAUCGGUGGAUCGGCUUUUCAGUCGUACAACAAUCAAGCUUGUUUCUACGAGCCAAGGUUUGAUGCUUCUAUCUACUAA